AACAGCAUACGACAUCACUGGAGUUUCUGCAGUCUCACGAAGCGCUGAGAAACAUUUUGAGAACAACAGGGGGAAGUAUAAAUGGAAACACCCUGCGCGUCCCGGAACGCGUUGGGUAGCGUUUGGGGACGGCGGUAAUGGUAUACCACGAUAUUUUUACUAUAAUAUUUAAGUUCACUGGGGUCACCGGUAUGCCCAUUCAAGGAAAACUAAUGUAAAAGUACUGCUGGCGAUUUGAGAUGCCUGAGUUUUUAGACUGUGUAGGCCUGCUUGGGUUCUCUAAAAUACCCGAUUAAAUAAACAUUUUAUAUAAUGUAAUAUUUCAUUUUAUUGGCAAUACACUUGCCAAUGAAACAGAAUAAUCAUUUCACUCGCCGCUUGGUACAGUAUUGCUGGCUGGCUGGCAGCGAGGUGACUACUGCGAAAGCAGGUGCAGUUAUACGGACUCGCGCUCCCGGGAAGGAACGCCCGCGUGCGCCACGGCACCCGCUGACUGGUUAGUCGCGGCGUCGAGGAGAUGCUCGCUGUGCAGCCAAUGCAUUGUGUUUCGGCAUGCUGCGGGCGACUCGCGAGCUCCCUGGACUGGAGCCGUUGACGCUUUCGACGAAGAUGAAUGUUGGUGUGUGACAUUUAACAUGUUCGCGCGGGAGUGCUGGAAGCCUUCACAUUUAUUCAUUGGCAAUUUAUCUGUUAUACCUGCCGCCAGGCAGCCCUAGAAUAUUUUCGAUAAUAAACAGCACCAGAGAAGGCUUAUUUCAGCAGCAACUGUACUGACGGUUUUGGGAGAAGGAAUCGACUACCGGGGAUAAGUUUCCAUUAAGUUUCCAGGCGUUUUUUUUUUUUACAACUAUGGGCACGUUGCGCGACCUUCAGUACGCGCUGCAAGAGAAGAUUGAGGAAUUGAGACAGAGGGACGCACUUAUUGACGAGCUCGAGCUGGAACUCGAUCAGAAGGACGAGUUGAUCCAGAGGCUGCAGAAUGAAUUGGAUAAAUACCGCUCCAUCAUCAAACCGGCCACCCAACACGUCCACAAGCGGAGCGUCUUGCAGGAGCACCAAAGAAGCAAAAGACAGGCUAUUUCAGCCGAGCCCGCUGCUUUUGACAUCCAGGAGCUCAGCCACGUUACCUUGCCUUUCUAUUCCAAGAGCGCACAAUCCAAGGACUUAAUCAAGGGGGCCAUUUUGGAUAACGACUUCAUGAAGAAUCUGGAGUUGUCUCAGAUCCAGGAGAUUGUGGACUGCAUGUAUCCGGUCGAAUAUGGCAAAGACAGCUGCAUUAUAAAAGAGGGUGACGUGGGGUCACUGGUUUACGUCAUGGAAGACGGGAAAGUGGAGGUGACGAAGGAGGGCAUGAAGCUGUGCACCAUGGGUCCAGGGAAGGUGUUCGGGGAGCUGGCCAUCCUCUACAACUGCACCAGGACCGCCACGGUCAAGACCCUGACCAACGUGAAGCUGUGGGCCAUCGACCGGCAGUGCUUCCAGACCAUCAUGAUGCGGACGGGCCUGAUCAAGCACUCCGAGUACAUGGAGUUCCUAAAGAGUGUUCCAACAUUCCAGGGCCUUCCGGAGGAAACAGUCAGCAAGCUGGCGGACGUCCUUGAGGAGACCCACUAUGAGAACGGGGAGUACAUCAUACGGCAGGGAGCCAGAGGAGACACCUUCUUCAUUAUCAGCAAGGGGAAGGUGAACGUUACGAGGGAAGACUGGCCCAGCGAGGAACCGGCCUACCUGCGCGUCCUGGGCAAGGGGGAGUGGUUUGGAGAGAAGGCCCUGCAGGGGGAGGACAUCCGGACCGCAAACGUGAUUGCAGCCGAAGCCGUCACCUGUCUGGUGAUUGACCGAGACUCCUUCAAGCACCUGAUUGGAGGUCUGGACGACGUCUCCAACAAAGGUUACGAAGACGCUGAGGCCAAAGCCAAGUACGAGGCGGAGAACGCCUUCUUCUCCAGCCUGACCCUGGUGGACUUCAACAUCAUCGACACUCUGGGCGUGGGGGGGUUCGGCCGCGUGGAGCUGGUGCAGCUGAAGAGCGACGAGUCCCGGACGUUCGCCAUGAAGAUCCUGAAGAAACGGCACAUCGUGGACACGCGGCAGCAGGAGCACAUCCGCUCGGAGAAGCAGAUCAUGCAGGAGGCCCACUCCGACUUCAUCGUCAGACUCUACAGGACAUUCAAGGACAGCAAGUAUCUGUACAUGCUAAUGGAGGCUUGCCUUGGAGGAGAGCUGUGGACUAUACUGAGGGACAGAGGCUCAUUUGAAGACGCGACCACGCGCUUCUACACGGCGUGUGUGGUGGAGGCCUUCUCCUACCUGCACUCCAAAGGCAUCAUCUACAGGGACCUCAAGCCCGAGAACCUCAUCCUGGAUCACAGAGGCUACGCCAAGCUGGUGGACUUUGGCUUUGCCAAGAAGAUCGGGUUCGGAAAGAAGACGUGGACGUUCUGCGGAACGCCGGAGUACGUGGCUCCUGAGAUCAUCCUGAACAAAGGCCACGACAUCUCCGCAGACUACUGGUCCCUGGGGAUCCUCAUGUACGAGCUCCUGACCGGCAGCCCUCCGUUUUCUGGCCCCGAUCCGAUGAAGACGUACAACAUCAUCCUGAGGGGCAUCGACAUGAUCGAAUUUCCAAAGAAGAUCGCCAAAAACGCCGGCAAUCUAAUCAAGAAACUCUGCAGGGACAAUCCCUCCGAAAGACUGGGGAACUUGAAAAACGGUGUCAAAGACAUCCAAAAGCACAAGUGGUUUGAAGGCUUUAACUGGGACGGGUUACAUAAGGGAACAAUGACCCCUCCCAUCAUCCCGAAUGUCACCUCGUCGACGGACACGAGCAACUUCGACAGCUUCCCUGAGGACAGCGAGGACCCUCCUCCCGACGACAACUCGGGAUGGGACGCCGAUUUCUAGACCCCGCCUCCGGCCUCCCGCCCCGCGCCCCCCCCCCCCUCCCCGCAGCGGCUUCUGAGCAGCAUGCUGCC